GUAGGUCCGGUCCCCGCGCCCCCCGCGCUCCGACACCUCGUGGCCCCGCAGGCCGCGCCCUCCUCCACGUGGGCCGCCGGCGGCGCUCGGUCCCGGCUGCAGCCCCGGCGCGGCGUCCUUUUUCCCGGGCCGGCAUGAGCCGCUACCUGCUGCCGGCGUCCGUGCUGGGCACGGUGGUGGGCGGCGCGGUCCUGCUCAAGGACCAUGUCGCUGGCGGGUCCUGCCCCAGCAAGGCCACCAUUCCCGGGAAGACGGUCAUCGUGACGGGCGCCAACACGGGCAUCGGGAAGCAGACCGCCUUGGAACUGGCCAGACGAGGAGGCCGCGUCAUCCUGGCCUGCCGGGACCUGGAGAAGUGUGAGGCGGCGGCAAGAGACAUCCGCGGGGAGACCCUCAACCACCACGUCCACGCCCGGCACCUGGACUUGGCGUCCCUCAAGUCCGUCCGGCAGUUUGCAAAGAAGAUCAUCCAAGAGGAGGAGCGAGUGGACAUCCUGGUGAACAACGCAGCUGUGAUGCGGUGCCCCCACUGGACCACCGAGGACGGCUUUGAGAUGCAGUUUGGUGUUAAUCACCUGGGCCACUUCCUCUUGACGAACUUGCUGCUGGACAAGCUGAAAGCCUCGGCCCCUUCGCGGAUCAUCAACCUCUCCUCGUUGGCCCAUGUUGCUGGACACAUGGACUUUGAGGAUCUGAACUGGGAGAAGAGGAAGUAUGACACCAAAGCUGCGUACUGCCAGAGCAAGCUGGCCAUCGUCCUGUUCACCAGGGAGCUGAGCCGGCGGCUGCAAGGCACGGGUGUGACGGUGAACGCGCUGCACCCUGGCGUGGCCAGGACGGAACUGGGCAGGCACACGGGCAUGCACAGCUCAGCCUUCUCCAGCUUCACGCUCGGGCCCGUCUUCUGGCUGCUGGUCAAGAGCCCCCAGUUGGCAGCGCAGCCCAGCACGUACCUGGCCGUGGCAGAGGAACUGGAGGGUGUUUCUGGAAAGUACUUUGAUGGGCUCAGAGAGAAGACCCCAGCCACUGAGGCUGAGGAUGAAGAGAUAGCCCAGAGGCUUUGGGCUGAAAGUGCCCGACUGGUGGGCUUGGAGACGUCCCAUGGGGCCGCUGGGGGUGGGCAGCCCCUCCCCAAAUAACUCCUGGGACAGCUGUGAGUGCAGCCAACCAGGAGGCAGAGCCCCCAGAUGGGGCUGUGAGACCGAGGGCAGGAGCUGUGCGCACAGCACCUUCCGGUACAGCCUCAGCACCUGAUGGGCCUGGGGCUCGGAGCGCAGGUGGGCACCGUGUGCCCUGGGGCCAGCGGGAGAGCCUGGCCUCAGAUCCUCCCUUGGGAGCCUCAGCUGGAUGUGCUGGGGAUGUCGGCUCCCCUGGUGGUGGGUGAGGCAAGGAGAGCCGAUGUCGGCUGUGAUGCCGGGUGGCCUGGCCAGCUGUCCUGAGCGUGGACCCCUGGCCUGCUGUCCCUGUGGGACCCCACAUGGCCUGUCUCCUUGCCGAGCCUUGGUCCUCCAGCUCUCAAGCACGUGCAGUCACUGCAGAUUCUCCUCGGGUGGUUUGAUGGGCAGCGAGGCCCUUGGUGACGGCCGCUGGGCAUGCUGCCGGGUCAGACCCCAGCCUCGGUGCUGGCACCAAGACAGACAACAGGGUGACGAGAGCCGUCUUGUCACUGAGUCAUGGCAGAGCUGCGGGGGUGAGAAGCCCUCACCACGGCCAGGACCCAGGAUGCCUGGGGUGACGACAUUCCCUGCAGUUCCGGUUAUUAAACGAGCCUCCACCCUCAGACUCCCACUUUAAUAAAGAAAAAAGUCUAGCGGA